AUGGAAAGCGAACAAAAUAGUGAAAUUUUGCUCCCACCAUCUGCUUUUCUUACCUCAAAUCCUAAUCAUUUUAAUUGCCCUCAGAAUGUGAACAAUGAUGCUGAACACACUAAUUCGAUACUAAGCAGUAGGAGCACUAGAAAAUUGUCAAUAAAUUCGAUUAUUCCUAUAUUAAAUAAAAAUUCAGUCGAUCUAAACGAUGAUGGUCAUUUUGAUCGAAUCAAUUCAGAAGACAUACAAUUCAAUUACAUCAACAAGUUUGUUAAUGAACUGAAACAAGAAAAUGAAUAUCUUUUACAAAGUCAGACAAAAGCUUUAGACGAAUUGAAUAAAAUACGAGGAUAUAUUGGAUUGGGUAGAGUUUCAUCUAAAAAUACAUUUAAUGAAGAUUCUUUUGAACAACAUAAAUGUAUUUGCAAUAGAGAAUUAUUAGAAAAGCUUAAAUAUUUGGAAAAUAAAAAUUCUGAGUUAAAUCUUCAACUUGAACAAAUGAAUGAUCGAAUGAGUAGUUUGGAGACAGUUUUAGAAAUUCAAGAAAAACAGUUGUCCAGAGAAAGUAAUAAUGAAGUGCUACCUAUUAACAAUAAGUCUGGAAAAGUGGAAAAUUUACUUUGCACAUGGCGUAGACAUGUUUUACGCUUACUUAUUGAAAUAGAAAAUCUGAAGUCUGAAAAUUCCCAUACUGUAACCAAAUCAAAACGUGCCUAUGAAAAGCUACUUUCAGAAUUUGAAUCUUUAAAAGCAACUUUAGAAGCAACUGAAUUUAAACUGAAAGCUAACGAAUCCGCACUGAACGUAGAACGUAAUAAAAGACAGGGAUUUGAAAAAGAUUUGGAAAGUUUGUAUUCAAAAUUAGCAAUGACUCAAUCAAAUUUAACCGAAUCUCGUGAAAAUUACAAGAAUUUCGCUUUAAGUACAAAACAAAAUCUUGAUCAAAUUGUAAAAGCUAUACAAACGUUUAUGAAUUGGCCAGAAUCCGGUUCAAUGAAUCAACAAAAUCCAAUAACAAUAUGCUCAGUUUUUCGUCGUUUAAGACAUUUAGAAAGGCGUCUAGAUUUUGCUAACUCUCGUCUUCCUGUUCUACGCACUCAGUUAUUAUUAUCAUCAUCAUUAUCACAUCGGAAAGCAAAUGUAGACCAGUCAACGCAAGUCAGCUAUGAAUUAAAACAUUGGAUUGGUGAUAUUUUAUCAGAAUCAGAGAAAGAAGAGAUUAUUUCUCAGGCUCAAACCGAAGCAAUUAAGGCUAUAAAAGAGCGUGAUCGAGCAUUAGAACAGUUGUCCGAUUAUGUUAGAUCAUUUGAUAAUCGCGUUGAAGAUGCUGAGAAAGCAGUUGAAAAAGAAUUAUCAGAACUUCGGGAAGCAAACAGAAUUUUGAAUUUAUCUUUACAUGAUGAACAAAAGAAAUUAAAAGAAUGUUCAGAUCAAUUAAAAAGUGAAAAACUGACUAAUAAUGAUCUAGAAAAAAAGUAUAUAGAUGAAACUGAACAUUUAAAAACUCAACUCUCUGAGACGGAUAUGAAACUUACCAAAGCUUUAACGGAACUACGUCGUGCUGAACGCCGUGUUGAUCGAGAGAUUAAUGAAAGAAAGUUACAGAUCAAUAAUAUUGAAAACACCUAUAAAUCCAAAAUUCAAACUCUAGAGAAUGCACUUCAUUCGUUUUAUCCAGAACCUUAUCGUUGCUAUGGUAACAAUACAGCGAAGUCAUCAAAUGUUAUUCAAAAAAUGACGUGUCCAAUAGUACCUACAUUUGCAAGCCAUAUUGAUCUCAAUGAAUCAAUACGUAAACUUGACGAACUUGCUGAUCGGCUAAAUAGCGACUUGUCAAGCGAUUCAGAUGCUGAAAAAUAUGUUGAUCAGUGA